CUGAAUCAUUCACAUCAGGAAGCGGAGGAUGGCUGAUGUCAGAAUCUACUAGUCGGUAACGAAAGACGAAACCAAACGAUGGAGGAAGCAGAGAGUUCCACUCUGCUGCGCAGGAUGGAGAUCUGUGUUGCUGAGGCAGAGAAGAGGAGCGGCAAAAACUCUGUCAACAUGCAGGAGACGUACACGGUGUACCUGGUGGAAACACGACCCAUUGAUCCACUCACAGAAGGAAGACACUCAGCUCCGGACUCUCUCUGGAGGCGAUACAGUGAAUUUGAGCUCCUUAGAAACUACCUUUUAGUCACCUAUCCAUACAUAGUGGUACCCCCACUGCCUGAAAAGAGGGCAGAGUUUGUGUGGCACAAGCUAGCGGCCGACAACAUGGACCCGGAUUUUGUGGAGCGCCGGAGGGUCGGGUUAGAGAACUUCCUGCUGCGCAUUGCAUCACACCCGGUACUCUCUAACGACAAGAUCCUUCACCACUUCCUCACAGAGGAACAUGGCUGGAAGGAAGUGGUGUAUGAGACAGGAUUCCAGGCCAAGGCUGACUCCAGAAUAAGAGCUCUCAGCGCCACCUUCAGGGUCAGGAGUCCUGAUAAACGCUUCACGGAGAUGAAACACUACAGUGAUGAGCUGCAGUCCCACACUUCUCAGCUACUGAGAGCUCGAGCAAGAGUUGCUGAUCGACUUUACGGUGUUUACAAGAUCCAUGGAAAUUACGGACGAGUGUUCAGUGAGUGGAGUGCUGUCGAGAGGGAAAUGGGAGAUGGACUUCAAAGUGCUGGUCAUCACAUGGACGGUUAUGCUGCCUCCAUAGAUGACAUCUUGGAGGACGAGGAGCAUUAUGCAGACCAGAUGAAAGAGUAUCUCUUCUACGCUGAAGCACUCCGGGCGGUGUGCAGAAAACAUGAGCUGACCCAAUUCGAGCUGGAGAUGGCCAGUCAGGACCUUCUAUCCAAGAAGCAGCAGAGAGAGGAGCUGGCGACGGGGAUCGUCCGGACAUUCUCCUUCAAAGGAAUGACCAACAAGCUUUUUGGACAAGAGACCCCGGAGCAGAGGGAAGCGCGACUGAAGCUGCUAGAGGAGAUGAUAGCAGAGGGAGAGGAGAUGGUGAAGGAGAAAACUAUGGAGCGCGAAGAGCAUGUGGAGAAAGCCUGGGUGGACAUGCAGCGCUUCAAAGAGCAGACCAACAAAGACCUGAGAGAAGCGCUCAUCAACUAUGCUGCCAUGCAAAUCAAUAUGUGCAAGAAGGGAAUACAAGUGUGGAGCAACGCCAAAGAAUGUUUCCUCAAGAUGUGAACAAAAUGUUGUUUAGCACAAGUCAUGAAAGUGACGUGACAAAUAAUUUAAUGAAUUUUAUUUAUUUGAAAAAAAAAAGCACACCAAAAUUGGAAUAAAAUGAAUAAAAGUAAAGAUGAUAUCAAGGAACCAAUAUGUACAGUUAGAUUUCUGGAUGUGUGAUAAUUACAUCCUUGUUUUGUUUAUUUGUAAAAUUCAUACAUGGAAGUGUAUGUAUAUAAUAAAUAUAAUGUGAAACUUUUACAUUUUCAUAUAACCAUUUUUCCCACAUCCUGCUAAAUAUUGUUUAAUUUAAUUGUGUCUAUUUCUACCCAACAACUGUCACAUUAUGUGAGAUUACUACCAAGUAGAAGGAACAUCUUUCAGGUACUUCAUCAUGGACACACACAGAAAUACCUUGCAGGUAUUGGACUGGGUUUCUGAGGUGACAGAAGACUGGGUCACCUUUUUCCCUGUGUUGCUUCUGUGAUCCAUCUCUGGAUAAGUGGUGGGAAAUAGAAGAAUGAGUAAAAUUGUACAAUAGUGUGAACUGCAAAAAUAAUAAAUAUCAACAUUUUACAUGUAUGGAUCUGAUUGAGUUUCAGAACAAGGUAAAGAAUUGUGGUUAAACCACGAUUUGAAGGUUUAAAAUGUAUUUAGAAAAGGUUUUAAAAAAAAAAAGGUUCACUGAGGGAACCCAAUUGAACUUUUCACUGUUCUUAUUGUGCCCUUGUUUUAUUAUGGACAUUAAUGUGUUUUUAUGUGUGUGUAUUUCUUUGACUUUUUCAUAAAAGUUUGGACUUGACAUGUGCUUGAAAUAAAUAUAUAAUAAAUGUC